AGCUCUACCCCACUUUCAUGAAGCAGCUGUCUCGCUGCAUCUUCGAAGUGGACUCCGGAGAUACCCGGCAUCUCACCGAGGCCAAGCGGUCCGAUCUGGGGAGGAAGCACGGGAUGGUCGACCUGAGCGACGCUGAGGUGGUCUGGAGGAUCUCCAAGGAGGAGUGGAGGCUCCACUGUCGGCGCAGGACGCGUGGGGCGGAGAACACUGCGCUCCUCAUCCAGAACCUCCUGGACACCUUCAGAGGACCGGCAGGCCGGAACACCCUGAACAUCCCGUUGCUGGAUGAUCUCCGCAUCCAGGAACAUCUGGGACACGCAGAGACGUCACCUCAGCUGCAUCCAGGACCCGCCAGGUGUGCAGCUGUUCACGCAGACUGGGACGCUGACGAAAGGCGGCAUCAGCCUCCCGGUCUAUCGCUGUGCGAGGGGAUCCACCUCUCUGGAGUCGUUCCACCUCCACCUGGACCGCUUCAUCCCAGGGACAUCUGCUAGUGCCAGAUACUUUCAGGCGUUCCUUGUGGACGGAGUGGUGAGGUGGAACGAGGAUCGUGCAGCGGCGCCUGCGGAUGCAGCUGAAACAAGGACGUCUCUGCAUUCCUACAGUGGCCACCUCAAACACGCCCUCAACCAGAAGAGCCAAAGGGUGCUUGGACAUCAGAUGGUUGAGGAUUUCACCAAGCCCGCUGCAUACACAGGUGAGCUCAUCGGGCUCGAGUACCUGUUCCAGCAGACGGGCAGCGUGUUUGAGGAGAUCAACUUGGAUCCUGACGCUCCGGAUGAGGGUGCUGCCGUUUCCACCCUUGAGGAUGAGGAUGAGGGGAUUCAAUCUGAUGAGGAUGACCCCACCAUCUUCCCACCAGAUUCCUCCUCCUCCUCCUCCUCCUCCCCUAUGGCAGCAUCCCAGUCAGGUGCACCCAGGUCUGAGUCAUAAAAAAAGUCUCUUGGGGGUAUGUCCCAAAAUGCACAGGAAGUCGGCCAUUUUGGAUUAAAGGCCGAUUUUUGCCCGUUUUUCACUUUUACUCACCUCGAACUUUAACAAACUCCUCCUAGGGAUUUUGAGCUAUCGGGUUCAUAUUUGGUCUACAUACAGAUAAGGGAUGGGGGACAUCAUCAAAUGCUGACAUCAUCAAAGCCACGCCCCCUGAGAACAGGAAGUCACUUUUUUCACUUGGAAAGUUGCCUCUCUGACCCUCUUGACCCAAUCAACUUGAAAGUGUGUCAG